AUGAGUUCGUCGACUGCGAUGAACAAACAUCACGGAGGGGUCGCUGAGUACAGGGCCUCAGAGGGCAAGACAGUGGAAGUGCCGUAUAGGGGAGAUGUGGAGAAGACAGUGAUGGACAUAUUGGGUGGUCUGCGGUCCGCCUGCACCUACACCGGCGCCUCCAAACUCAAAGAGUUGCCGAUCCGCACGACUUUCAUUCGCGUCACUCAACAAACUAAUGAAAUCUUUCAGUAUUUGAAUUUGGAUUUUAUAGUAAAAAGCGGAAUGCUUUCCGGUCACGACCAGUGCGGCGGCGAUGUUGUCGUCAAACCCAACGGCAAGAAAGUGAAGCAAUUCUAUGGUAUGAGUUCGUCGACUGCGAUGAACAAACAUCACGGAGGGGUCGCCGAGUAUAGGGCCUCAGAGGGCAAGACAGUGGAAGUGCCGUAUAGGGGAGACGUGGAGAAGACAGUGAUGGACAUAUUGGGUGGCCUGCGGUCCGCCUGCACCUACACCGGCGCCUCCAAACUCAAAGAGUUGCCGAUCCGCACGACUUUCAUUCGCGUCACUCAACAAACUAAUGAAAUCUUUCAGGUAUUGGAAACCGAGUCUUAA